AUGGGUUUGGCGGGAAGAUCUCUGUACCUCAGUCUCCAUUGCUUUCAGCACCACUGGCUUUCUCCCCAGCUCAAGUGCAAAAUCUGCCAUCAUUGCUACCUGGGGUGCCUCAGAUUCACCCAAGUACCCCAGGCCAGAGGACAUGCUCUCAACCUUGUUUCAGAAAGAGGGACCCAAAGGCUGUUAGGGAAGAGAAUCAGGAUCCUCAAACCCAGGGUUUUCUCACCCACUGCCCCUGCUCUGGCUGUGGCCUGCCAGACCUCUCCUCUGAUUUUCGCUUUCCUUCCUGCCAGUGCCUUUGUUUAUCUGAGGCGCCAAGAUCCCACUGUGAAGUCUGAAAGGAAGACUGGUGGUUCUCGCUUUUCCUCUAGAUGCCAUGUCUCCCAAUGUCAUCUUCUUUCCUCUCAAAGACAAUUGGAUGUUGUUACAGAUUUUCUUGGAAUGAGUAAAUACCUAGCAGUGGGAUUGCUAGAUCACAUGAAAAUGCCAGACUAUAUUUCAUCAGCAAUAUCAGAGAGUUCCAGUUGCUCUACACCCUCACUAGCACUUAAUAUUGUUGAUCGCUGCCUGGAUUCACAGAAGGACAAAUUACAAUGCACUUUGAAAGACUCGUCUACAGUCAACUAA